UCUCUCUCUCUCUGGGGCCCUAUCUUCCCUUAUAUGGUGAAGGCAGUUCCUGGGGGGGGGAGUGAGGACAAAGGUCGAUCUCCUGCAGCCAGCUUGCCACAACUCCCUGAGACCUCCCAGGUGGCAGCUGCCUCCCCCAGACAGGCUCAUCCGCCAUGACCAGACUGACCACCCAAGUCAAAAACUCACUCAACAUCACCACCCCCGGGGUGCAGAUAUGGAGGAUCGAGGCCAUGAAGAUGGUUCCUGUUCCUUCCAGCACCUUCGGUAGCUUCUUUGACGGUGACUGCUACAUAGUCUUGGCUAUCCACAAGACGGGCAGCAAUCUGUCCUAUGACAUCCACUACUGGAUCGGCCAGGCCUCGUCCCAGGACGAGCAAGGGGCGGCUGCCAUCUACACCACACAGAUGGAUGACUUCCUGAAGGGCCGGGCUGUCCAGCACCGGGAGGUCCAGGGCAACGAGAGCGAGGCCUUCCGGGGCUACUUCAAGCAGGGCAUUGUGAUCCAGAAGGGGGGUGUGGCUUCCGGCAUGAAGCAAGUGGAGACCAACUCCUACGAGAUCCAGCGGCUGCUGCAUGUCAAGGGCAAGAGGAACGUGGUGGCCGGAGAGGUGGAGCUGGCUUGGAAGAGUUUCAACCGCGGGGAUGUUUUCCUCCUGGACCUGGGGAAGCUCAUCAUCCAGUGGAACGGGCCCGAGAGCAACCGCAUGGAGAGACUCAGGGGCAUGACCCUGGCCAAGGAGAUCCGAGACCAGGAGCGCGGCGGGCGGACCUACGUGGCGGUGGUGGAGGGGGACAACGAGAAGGCCACCCCGCAGCUGAUGGAGAUCAUGACCCACGUGCUGGGCCCGCGCGGCACCCUGAGGGCGGCGGUGCCGGACAACGAGGUGGAGCCGGCGGUCAAGGCCGCCCUCAAGCUGUACCACGUGUCGGACGCGGAGGGAAAGCUGGUGGUGCGAGAAGUCGCCACGAGGCCCCUCACCCAAGACCUGCUCAGCCACGAGGACUGUUAUAUCCUGGACCAGGGGGGCCUGAAGAUCUACGUGUGGAAGGGGAAGAGGGCCAACGCCCAGGAGAAGACGGGAGCCAUGAACCAGGCACUGAACUUUAUCAAAGCAAAGCAGUACCCGCCCAGCACACAGGUGGAGGUGCAGAAUGAUGGGGCCGAGUCAGCUGUGUUCCAGCAGCUCUUCCAGAAGUGGACCCUGCCCAAUCGGACUUCAGGCCUGGGCAAAACCCAUGCCGUGGGUUCCGUGGCCAAGGUGGAGCAAGUGAAGUUUGAUGCCACAUCCAUGCAUGUCCAGCCUCAGGUGGCUGCCCAGAAGAAGAUGGUGGAUGACGGGAGCGGGGAGGUGCAGGUGUGGCGCAUUGAGAACCUAGAGCUGGUGCCGGUGGAGUCCAAGUGGCUAGGCCACUUCUACGGGGGUGACUGCUACCUGCUGCUCUACACCUACCUCAUUGGCGAGAAGAAGAACUACUUGCUCUACAUUUGGCAGGGUAGCCAAGCCAGCCAGGAUGAAAUAACAGCCUCUGCCUAUCAAGCUGUCACCCUAGACCAGAAGUACAACAACGAACCGGUCCAGAUCCGGGUCCCGAUGGGCAAGGAGCCACCACACCUCAUGGCCAUCUUCAAGGGACAAAUGGUGGUUUACCAGGGAGGCACCUCCCGGGCCAACACACAGGAGCCAGUGCCCUCCACACGGCUGUUCCAGGUCCAGGGAACCAGCGCCAACAACACCAAGGCCUUUGAGGUCCAGCCCCGGGCCAGCUCCCUCAACUCCAAUGACGUCUUCAUCCUUAAGACCCAGUCCUGCUGCUAUCUGUGGUGCGGGAAGGGCUGCAGUGGGGACGAGCGGGAGAUGGCCAAGAUGGUUGCUGACACCAUCUCCCGGACAGAGAAGCAAGUGGUGGUGGAAGGGCAGGAGCCGGCCAACUUCUGGGUAGCCCUGGGUGGAAAGGCUCCCUAUGCCAACACCAAGAGAUUGCAGGAGGAAACCCUGGCCAUCACGCCCCGGCUCUUUGAAUGUUCCAACCAGACCGGGCGCUUUCUGGCCACAGAAAUCCCUGACUUCAAUCAAGAUGACCUGGAAGAGGACGAUGUGUUCCUGCUAGAUGUCUGGGACCAGGUCUUCUUCUGGAUCGGGAAGCACGCCAACGAGGAGGAGAAGAGAGCCGCAGCCGUCACGGCACAGGAGUAUCUCAAGACUCACCCCAGCGGCCGUGACCCCGACACCCCCAUCAUCGUGGUGAAGCAGGGAUACGAGCCCUCCACCUUCACCGGCUGGUUCCUGGCGUGGGAUCCCUUCAAGUGGAGUAACACCAAAUCCUAUGAGGACCUGAAGGCGGAGCUCCAAAGCCCUGAGGACUGGAGCCAGAUCACUGCUGAGAUCACCAAACCUAAGCCGAACACGUUCACCGCUAACACCAGCCUCAUUUCUGGGCCUCUACCCAUCUUUCCCCUGGAGCAGCUGGUGAACAAGUCUGUGGAGGAGCUCCCUGAGGGUGUAGACCCCACUAGGAAGGAGGAGCACCUGUCUGUCGAGGAUUUCACCAAGGUCUUGGGAAUGACACCCACGGCCUUCUCUGCCCUCCCUAAAUGGAAGCAACAAAACCUCAAGAAAGAAAAAGGCCUGUUUUGAGAAGCAGAAAUGGUUGUGGUUGGAGAGCAGUCCCCUAUCUUGUUUGCGGUUUCAUUGUUUUCAUGACUGGCCUAUUAGUCCUGUACUAAUUGAAGUGAAAUUUUAUCUGUGAGUGGCUGUCUGUGGCAUUGCCACUUUUAUUUAAUAACCUAACUAUACUUCCAGAAUGAUACCUCCCUAAGAAGACUAUGGUCUAAUUUCAGCUAAGAAGCUGGUCACAUUGUUUCCAUCCUGGGUGUUAACAUCACUUUAAUCAUCCUGUUCAGACUUUUCCCUUCUUAGAAGAGCAAACACUCCACAAAACAUUUGAAUUCUGAGGGUCCCUUGGUCUUCCUCUCUUGUGACUAAUUUUUAUCUAAGAAGAGUGGAUUGAAGCUUUUGCAGUUUUACAUCUUUCCCAGAGUAAUGGCUUUUCCUUUUCACACUUUCCUGAUUUAGGCGACAAGUUAAAGGGGACUCCUUUGCAAGAGUUGAAUGGCCUGGGAAAAGGCCCAGUUAGGAAGUUUCACACUAACUGGUUCCCAGCAAAAGCAACAUACCCACUGGGUAUGUCUCUAUUGGAGGCCGUUUCAUGCCUGUCUGGUACCAAUAAGGCAAAGGAAGAGCUUAGCUAAGCCCAAUGCCGAGUUAAAACUGUCAUCCAGGACCUCUGCAAAGCUUCACAGGCUCCUCCAGUGAAAACGAGAACUCUGUGGACUCCAGCCAUGUGGCUGUCUGCCCUUCCGUUUCCUCUAAGGUGUGAUGCUGCUGCAUGGAAGUCCAAACCAGAAAGCCAACAGAAAGUGAUUUAACAACCUCAACCAAUGGUUAAGUGUCUGAAAGGUUAUGUCCUUUUCCGGAAAUAACAGGCGAACCAACACAAGGUUAAUAAAGGCUUUAAUUUCACACACACAAAAAACUCUAUGCAUAAUUUAAAAGGAAACAAAAAUAAGGAAAAACCGUAAAGGAUACAGAGGAACAGUUCUGCUAAAACACAGAUAAAGUGCCGCUCCAUACGAAACAACAUAAAGAAUCAGAAUCAAGUCACUCUGAACACAAAGAAAGAAAAUCACCUCACAAAUAAUGUGGCCAAAGCUGCCAGCAAAUCUGGUAGUGGCUCAAUUAGGCAAAGUGUAGGACCCUUCCUUCGGUUUUCCUCUCUAUAGUAAACAACACUGACAACAGGCCAGAGGAAUUGGGAUGGAAGGGCAAGCUCAGAGAGGGAGGGAAGCCUUGGGGACGAGAAGUGUGUGGUCUCACUCCCUGCAUCCCCUCUGUUCUUGAAACAGGCCAGGUCAGUUGAUUGCUCUUGUUUUGGCAUUUGACCUAUUGAACUUGGGUCUUGAUUCAGACCCUCAUCCCCUCUAUUGUUUCACCAGUGAAUUCGCCUAUACUUUGAACCUCUUAAUGUACUUUAAGUCCAAUAUUCUAAAAUCAACUGCUUUUACUCAUACUGGCACACUUUUUAUUAAAAACUUCGAAACCUCAGACAUAUAGCACACAUGGAAAGAAAAAUUUACUGUGUAUAAAUAUGAUACAACAGAAAAGACUGCCUGAAGUCUAAUAAUCAAAGCAUGCCAUAAAGGAGUCAGUGAUUGUGGUGACAAGAGCAAAAAACUGUCACAAAACUCUCAAGGCCGACCAAACUGUAGUUUCCCAAUAAAAUAUGUUUUUCAGAUGUUAAUAAGACAUACCAAUAGAGACAAAAUUAGAAUUUUGAAGUAAUGCAUUUGAAAGAUAUUAGAUGGCAGAAAUCCAUUCAGUUUUGUACACACUUAAAGAGAGCAUUACUCAGUGGUAAAGCAAGAUGGGGAGAAGGAAAGGAUACACCUGUUUUGGUGUUUUGGGGGGACACCCAUGGGACUUGCAUCUGGUACUGGGUUGUUCAUUAUUCUAAAAAUCUCCAUAUAUAUAUAUACAAGAUCUGAAUGUACUUGGGAGAUCUAGCUCUGUUUCCCCGACUAAAGACCACCGGGGGUGGGGAAUGCCAAUUUAAAGAGAAAAAAAAAGUUUGGCUGACUAGGAGUAUCCACUGCAGUCAUUUCAGAGGACAAAGAAAGAAGAAGAGUAAUGUUUUUAUUUGUUUUAAUAUAAACUCUUUUCAGACCAUGGA